GAGGGACUGGUCAGAGCUGAAAGGACAGACCGGGACAGGAUGGGGUGCUUUCCAUUGGUGGGACACUGAAGGACAGAAUGAGACCAGAACAGAGUAGGACACGUUGGGACAGGUAAGACCAGUCUGGACUGGUUUGGUCCAGUUAGAACAUGUCUGUUGAUGACCCCUUACAACAGGUCCAGACUUCUCAGGACAUGUUUGGACCAGUCUGAAGAGGUUCGGACUGGUCUGUAGAGGUAUGGACUGGUCUGAAGAGGUUUGGACUGGUCUGUAGAGGUAUGGACUGGUCUGAAGAGGUUUGGACUGAUCUGAAGAGGUAUGCACUGGUCUGAAGAGGUUUGGACUGGUCUGAAGAGGUUUGAACUGGUCUGUAGGGGUAUGGACUGGUCUGUAGAGGUAUGGACUGCUCUGUAGAGGUUUGGACUGGUCUGAAGAGGGUUGACUAUGUGGACUGGUCUGAAGAGGUUUGGACUGGUCUGAAGAGGUUUGGACUGGUCUGAAGAGGUAUGGACUGGUCUGAAGAGGUUUGAACUGGUCUGUAGAGGUAUGGACUGGUCUGAAGAGGUUUGGACUGGUCUGAAGAGGUUUGGACUGGUCUGAAGAGGUAUGGACUGGUCUGUAGAGGUUUGGACUGGUCUGUAGAGGUUUGGACUUGUCUGUAGAGGUUUGGACUGGUCUGAAGAGGUUUGACUAUGUGGACUGGUCUGAAGAGGCAUGCUUGUGGCCUGGUGAUCCAGUAAACCUGCCGGUGUAUGCUUUCACUUGAACACUAAACACAGUGAAGCAUGUUCUCAUGUUGUAGAUGUUCUGCACACCUGAUCCUUCAUCUGCACCUGAUCCUUCAUCUGCACCUGAACUCUGAAUCAUCUCAGCUACAAGUGAACAAUGUUUCCAUCCUCUGAAAAUCUGAGCGUCUCUCUUUUAACUUCCUGUUUCUUUUUAUUCGUUCUGCUUCUUCUUCUCUCUGAUUUCAUCUCUUCAGCUGUGUUGCUUCAGGAAGUCGGGGGAUUUGUCAAAACAGGCCGAGACGUCUACAGGAAGGUCCAGGGACGAGACCACCCCGCCCCCUCAGCCAUUAUCAACAUCGCAGAAGAGGGGGGUGAGGAGGAGUUGACCCAGAAGGAGGAGGAGGAGAGGAGGAUUGCAGAGAUGGGUCGGCCGAUGCUGGGCGAGCACACAAAGCUGGAGGUCGUCAUCGAGGAGUCAUACGAGUUCAAGAGCACCGUGGAUAAACUCCUCAAGAAGACCAACCUGGCCCUGCUGAUCGGGACCAACAGCUGGAGGGAGCAGUUUGCGGAGGCCAUCACAGUCAGCGCUGGUGGUGAUGGUGAUGAUGAUGGUGAGAAGCUGCCCUCCUGCUUUGACUAUGUCAUGCACUUCCUCACCGUCUUCUGGAAGCUUCUGUUUGCCUUGGUUCCUCCUGCCGACUACUUCAACGGCUGGGCCUGCUUCGUCGUCUCCAUCUCCGUCAUCGGCCUUCUGACGGCCUUCAUCGGUGACCUGGCCUCACACUUUGGCUGCACCGUCGGCCUCAAGGACUCCGUCACCGCUGUGGUGUUCGUAGCUCUGGGCACAUCUGUUCCAGACACAUUUGCCAGUAAAGUUUCAGCCAUCCAGGACCAAUACGCCGACGCCUCCAUCGGCAACGUGACAGGAAGUAACGCCGUCAACGUCUUCCUGGGCAUCGGCGUGGCCUGGUCCAUCGCUGCCGUCUACCACUACUCCAAAGGCCAGGAGUUCAGAGUGGAUCCGGGCACGCUGGCCUUCUCUGUCACUCUCUUCACCAUCUUUGCCUUCAUCUGCAUCGGCGUCCUCAUCUAUCGCCGCCGCCCCGAGAUCGGCGGGGAGCUGGGGGGACCCAGAGUCCCCAAGAUCCUCACCAGCUGCCUGUUCUUCAGUCUGUGGCUACUGUACAUUGUCUUCUCCUCGUUGGAGGCCUACUGCCACGUCAAAGGCUUCUGAAGGUGCUGCUUCUGACGAGUCCUCAACAGUUCUUGAUGAACAGUUCUUCGCGGUUCCUAGAGGCUCCUGCAGGUUCUGGCAGGUUCCUUGUAUUUGUGUUAUUGGUCUAAAGUUCUGGAUCAUCUCUAAAGGUCUAAAGCUUCCUGAGAGGUGAUUCGGUCCUAAAGGUUCUGAGUAAACGUGCUGACACCUGGAUGGACUCAUAACGGUUCCAACAGGUUUUCUGAGGUUUCUAAAUGCUACGUAUAUUCUGAUGGACUCUCUCUGUCCUAUUAUUUAAAUGUGUAAGAGAUUUGAUGUCUUCCUAAAGAUCCUGACGCAGUCCUGCAUAAUUUGACCGAUUGGACCGACCUCCUGAGGGUUCAGACAUCCUACGUUCUGACCGCUGAUGGAUCUCUAAAGGUUCCAGUAGGUUCCUUGUUGUUAUCGUCCAGGCUUCAGGUCUUUGUUCAUUGGCUGAGAGUAACCUCUGAGUCUACCUGCUUAUUGGACGUUCAUAUCAAAACAAACUGAGGAUAACGGUCUGGUCUCUGGUCCUGGUUCUGGUCUCUGGAGGAUCUGGUGAUAUUCAGGUUUUAGGUCUCACAGGUUCAACACUUCUUAUUAUUAAAGGUUCCUGACUGAU